AUGAAUUUGCUGGGCAAGAAUGCACAUGACUGGGCAGUGCUGUGAAGAGCUGCAGAAAGCCCCGAAGCCCAGGAUGGCACUGAAAACCAGGAAAGGAUUGAGAGGUUCCAUUGAUGAUGUCCUUGGUGACCUCCUGGGAGAUGACACGACGCUGCUUGAGAAGCCUGUUGAGCCAGCUUCACAUGCCAAAGACACAGCAAGCACACCUCAGUGGCCCCCUUCAAAGGCUAAAGCAAAAUCCUGCCCAAAAGACAGUGUUGAAGGACUGGCAAGAGCUGAUGCUGAGGUCUCCAGUGUAUCGGACGCAGACCCGCAGGUCUUCUUGCAGAACAUGAAGGACUUGGACAGCAUGGAUGAUGAUCUCUUUGGUCGGAUGAAGUCUCACCCAACCUCUGCAAAGGGUUCUGGGAAAGAAGUGCCUAGCAAUCCCAAACCUGCUGGUACAUUAACAGCUAAUGAGAAAGGGAACGCCAUUCCCACUAAGAAGCCACCACCAUCUUCCAGCAACUUUGGGCUUCAGUACAAGAAGUUUUCCUUUGAAGACUUUGAAGACCCACUGGCAGGACUUUUGUCUGAUGAAGAGGAAGAAACUGCCAAGAAGCCACCUGCGAUGGAGACUAAACCUGCUUCCAAGAGUCCCAGCACAGCUGCAGGCCACCAAGGCCCUUCCGUUCCUCUAACUCCUGGGGAUACUCCCAUCCGGAAGAAAGAAUUGCUGUUUGACGAAGGGGAUGACAUCAUGACCACCCUAGGUUUUGAAGACAGCCCCAGUGCAGAGAGGAGGAGGACAGGAGACCAGGAGGGCCCUCCUCCUGCUCGCUCCAAGCUGGAUGAACUGCUGGGUCGAGGCACAGCUGCCAAGCUUCUCACUCGCCCGGGCAUGGGGGAACACAGAGAGUUCAAGCUAGACAAGAAGUAUCAGAAGCCAGAGGACAAAGACGAUAGCUGGGAUGAUGAGAUCCUUACCUUUGGGGCUUACCAGCCUACCGUGGCCUCCUCUGAGGGAAGACAGUCCCGCCGGCAGUCAGUCAGGUUCUUGGGAGAAGGUGGCUCAGACCCUAAAGGGGAACCCAGCUUCAAACAGAGCCCUCCACCAGCUUCCAGCCCCAUCCACCCCAGGAAAGGAGGAGCUGACUGGCUAGGCUUGAAGGAUGAUGGCCUGGACCUUCUCUCUCCUGCUCCUAUUCAAAAGGCCCAACAAGAAGACUCAGCCAUGACCCCCUCCCUGCCCGCUCCUCCAAACCAGCACUCAGCCACAGAGCCACACUCUACCCCAGCUGGACUGCUCUCAGCAGCAAAGCCACCGGCCAAGGGUGCAAUGGCCCCUGCCAAAGCCAGCCAGGCCUCCUCACUGAAAGCAUCUGAGGAGAAGGAAGAUGACUGGUUGAGCCAUGUCAUAUCUCAGAAGAAAUCCCAAAGUCUAGCCAGAGCAGAGCGUGCUGGGCCCUUGAAGGGCGUGACCUCACUGGGAUCAUUGGGUCAGACUCCUUCUAGCAGCCAGCCUGUUGCUAGCACUCUGGCCCUCGAGCAUGCUGCUGCUGGAGAAGCCUCGAGAGCAACUACACAAGGACUUGCAGCUAUCAGGCCUGCCAUCACAGGGUCCUCCAUGAGUUGGAACCAAGCCACUGCCAUCCUCCCUGUAGAUGACCCCAAAAGAGGAACGCCCUGUGCCUCUGGGGACUUCUCUAACAGAGAGCCUGCAGUUUAUGUUCCGCAUUCCCAGGAUCCCACAGGGCUCUCUGUGCCUGUCCAGUCUCUGCUCCCAGAGUCCAUGAUGCAGACCCUGCUGCCAGGCUCAGGAUACCAGAAGCAGCUCCUCGCUGCCCAAGGGCAGCUUCAAAGCAGCUCUGCCCAGCUUCAGGUUGAGCUGCUGCAGAGCCAGACCAAGCUGUCGGAGCUGGAGGCCCAGGUGCGGAAGUUGGAGCUAGAGCGGACACAGCAUAGGAUGCUGUUGGAGAGUUUGCAGCAGCGGCACCAGGCGGACCUGGAGCUCAUUGAGGAUGCACACAGAAGCCAUGUCAAGGUGCUAGAAUCAUCCUACCAGCAGAAGGAGGAGCAGCUCCGCCGAGAGAAGGAGGCACUAUCAGCUCAGCAUGUAUCAUACUGCCGGGAAGCUGAGCAGGCCAGGGCUGAGCUCAUAGCCCAGCACCAGCGGCACUUGGCCAUGGCUGCCCAGGAGAAGGACCAGGAGGUGGCACGGCUUCGGGAGCUUCAGCAGGCAUCCAUUCUGGAGAUGCGCAAGGACCAUGAACACCAGCUACAGCGGCUGAAGAUGCUGAAGGACCAAGAGAUUGAUGCUGUCACCAGUGCCACCUCCCAUACUCGGUCCCUGAACGGCAUCAUUGAGCAGAUGGAGAGGUUUUCCAGCAGCUUGAACGCACUGUCCUCCCGUGUGGAAGCAUCGCACCUUAGCACCUCCCAGGAACGAGAGUUGGGGAUCCGGCAGCAAGAUGAGCAGUUGCGAGCUCUGCAGGAGCAGCUGGGCCGGCAGCAGCGAGACAUGGAGGAAGAGCGCAGCCGGCUCCAGGAGGUCAUCGGGAAGAUGGAGGUGCGCCUGAGUGAGCAGAGCCGACUCCUGGAACAGGAACGCUGGCGGGUGGCUGCCGAGAAGUCCAAGGCUGAGUCAGCACAACGCACUCUAGAGGAGCAGAGGAGGAUCAUGGUCCAGCAGAUGUCCAUGGAGAGGGAGGAGCUGGAGAGAGCCAAGAGCGCCUUGCUAGAGGAGCAGAAGUCAGUCAUGAAUAAGUGUGGGGAAGAGCGGCGGCGCCUGGCGGCAGAGUGGGCCGAGUACUUCACACAGCAGAAGCUCAGUAAGGAACGGGCUGAGCGUGAGGCUGAGAGGGCACUUCACGCAGACUCCCAGCGGGAGGGCACCAUCAUCAGCCUGACCAAGGAGCAGGCAGAGCUGACCGUGAAGGCCUGUGAGCUCCGGGCCAAGGAGGAGAAGCUGGCUGCUGAGAGGGAGGCUUUGGAGAGAGAGCGCCAAGAGCUCCGGCUGGAGAAGGACAGGUUGCACAAAGCCAGCCUGCGCCUCCAUGCCCGCGCACAGGAGCUGGAGCACAUGAGCAAGGUGGCCUCCAAGAAGUACGAGGAGGGUGAGCAGGCGCUGCAGGAGGCCCAGCAGAUACAGUCUGAGCAGCAGAGCCGGCUGCAGGCGGUCCAGCGGCAGCAGGAAUGGCUGCGGCAGCAGGAGCAGCGCGUGCACCAGGAGCAUCUUAGCCUGGCUCAGCAGAGGCUGCAGCUCGACCGUGUGCGACAGGAAGUACCCUCUAGCCUUCCAGUGCUGCCCUCCGGAGUUCAGGACCCAGAAGCCUCCAGCCUGGAUGCCAUCCAGGCCCCUGCUUCCACCACUCCUCAGCGUAGCCAGACCCCUGCUGCCCAGGUGCCCGCACACCUUCUCGCCAAGCUGCUGCUGCUAAAACACACAGCGGAACAGGACCAUGACUUCCUGGAGAAUGAACAGUUCUUCCUGGAAACUCUGAAGAAAGCGCCCUAUAAUAUGGCAUACCAUUCUGCCUGAAAAUGCCGACUGCCUCCUCAGCGAGCACCUGACUUGGAGCUCUCUCUCACUCUGACCAGCACCCCGCUCCAUGAAAAAGGUUCUUAGGAAGGUGCUGCACUGGCCAGAGCCUGAUUACAGCUUUUUGUGUGGACAGGGUAUGUGUGUGUUCUUCCCAGGUGCUGUGACCGGCAGCUGAGAGGCAGCGGGUGCCUUCCCUUGGGGAGCAGUGACACUGAGGCGAUCCUGCCACCCCCUUUUGUCUCACAGUAAGGCCCGAGCUCAUUACCCCUCUACAGGGCAGCCACUGGGGAGCAUUAAUACCCGGGCUACUUUUGAGGCAGGGACUUAUUUCAGGGCAGUAAGGUGGGACACCGUGAACAGCCUUCCCUGACUGAGAAGUCCCCUCCCAAAUGGGAACAGGGAGAAGAACCUUCUAGCCCAGCAAGUGGGAGGCCUGGCCAGGCACAAGGAUGGCAUGUCCUUGGGGGCUCCAUGCCCAGAUGGAUUCUUCUACUUCAGUGUUUCUGGGCUUCAUCCAGUACUUCAGCCACACUCUCAGCUAGCUUACACAUGUCCCCAGCUCAUUCCCAUUACUUCCCAGUGACCAGCUCACUCAUCAUGAACACCAGUGUCAUCCUCAAGCAGGUCCCCACCAGAGCUCAGGUGGGGAGCUACAGGAGUGGAGGGGUGUCCGGAGGAGCAGAGGAAGAAGGGAGAUUGGGAGAGCUAGAGACUGCCUGGAGAACAGGAAGUAGCACUGGGGGAGGGCUGCUGCUCUCUAGUGCCCAGACCCACUAAUAGCCUGUCAGGAGAGGGGUAGCGGAGGGGAAGUGGUUCAGCAGACCCUGGACAGAAGGACUCACAAAGAAACUGCAGUUGCUUCUAUAGCAGCUUCCAUGCAGAUGUGUGCCUCACUUUCCCACCUGAGAGGGCGUGUCCACAGAAGCAGGUGGGCAGAGGAGCGCACCAGAGGAUAUGGUGCAGCUUCUGCUCUGCUCUUGAGAGCCACUCGUCAGGGGACCUAACUCAAGCCGACAACUUGCAGCUUUGAUCUUGGAUCCAUUAAACUGUUGUAUUCGUUGGG